AUGAGCCACCGGACCUCCUCCUCCUUCCGAGCGGAGCGAAGCUUCCAUUCCUCCUCCUCUUCCUCCUCUUCCUCGUCCUCUUCAGCCUCCAGAGCCCUCCCAGCCCAGGACCCACCCAUGGAGAAGGCUUUAAGCUUGUUCUCCGAGGACUUCGGCAGUUUCAUAAGGCCCCACUCGGAACCUCUGGCCUUCCCAGCCCGUCCUGGGGGGCCGGGCAACAUCAAGACCCUGGGAGAUGCCUAUGAGUUUGCAGUGGACGUGAGAGACUUCUCUCCGGAGGACAUCAUCGUCACCACCUCCAAUAACCACAUUGAGGUGCGGGCCGAGAAGCUGGCGGCUGAUGGCACAGUCAUGAACACCUUCGCUCACAAGUGCCAGUUGCCGGAGGACGUGGACCCCACCUCGGUGACCUCAGCCCUGCGGGAGGACGGGAGCCUCACCAUCCGGGCCCGGCGGCACCCCCACACAGAGCACGUCCAGCAGGUCUUCCGGACAGAGAUCAAAAUCUGA